ACAGUAUAUAGCUUUCCCGCAGACUUCCAUCUUUGGUGCAGCUCCAGAAAUCAUAAAAAUGUCAAACAAGUCCAGUGAUCCGCCCUUUGGAGCUGCCAAGAUCUCACCCUACGGCAUCAGAACCUCGCCGUACUAUUCAUCAGUCACCCACAGCAACGGGCCUUGCACAAUCGUCACAUUGGCAGGCCAAAUCGGUGCAAGACCAGAUGGAACCGUACCCAGUGAUCCUGUGGAACAGUACAAGCUCGCCAUAAGCAACCUCGGGCGAUGUCUCGAAGCAGCUGGAGCUCGCGUACAAGAUAUUCUGAAGCUCAACUACUAUAUUGUCAACUAUGACUCCAAGAGCCCACGCCAUCGACCAAUCUUGAUGGAGUUCCUGGGAGAUCAUCGGCCCGCUUCGACGUUGAUUCCCGUCGAGCAGCUCGCCGUGCCGGAAUUUCUGUUCGAGAUUGAGGCGACGGCUGCCAUUCCUCAACAUGCAACGGAGCGCGUUGAUGUUGUUGUAGUAGGUGCUGGUUUGAGUGGACUUCAGGCCGCAGUCGAUCUGCACAAAGCUGGGAAAGCAGUCAAAGUCUUGGAAGCUCGUGAUCGCGUGGGUGGAAAGACAUGGUCGCGGUCUGCACAGGGCAGUGUCUGUGAUGUAGGCGCCGCGUGGAUCAAUGAUACGAAUCAAUCGAAGAUGUAUGCUCUGGCUCGAAAAUAUGGAUUGGAAUUGAUAACCCAAAAUACCGAUGGCAGCAUUAUCUGCGACGAAGGCAUUGGAAAUCACAAAUCGCAUCCUUACGGCCAAUUGCUCGCCAGUGCAACAGACAAAGCUCACAUUGAAGAUGUCAUUCGCGUGCGGGAUAUCUUCGAAGCGACGUGCCAGCAGAUCGACAUCUCAAGUCCAGUUGCAUCGGGCCAAAAGCUGCGUAAAGACCUCGAUGAUAUAACGUUUGAACAAUGGCUGCAAACCCUCAAUCCCAGCGAACAUGCCAUAAAUGCUCUCCGAGUCGGUACACGCGCCAUGCUAGGAGUGGAGCCUUCUGAGCUGAGCGCCUUGUACUUCCUUGACUACUGCAAAUCCGGCGGAGGAUACAUGCAAAUGCGCUCCGACCAGAAGAAUGGGGGCCAAUAUUUGCGGAUUUAUUCCGGGACACAAUCGUUCAGCAAAUCUCUCGCCACAGAACUUCCAGAAGACGCACUCAUCCUGAUGUCGCCCGUUCGUCGCAUCGAGCAGAUCCAAGGAGCAGGCGUGCGAGUCACUUCUGCCAGAGGAGUUUUCGAGGCUUCGAGAGUGAUCGUCUCCGUCCCGACACCUUUGUACCAGGAGAUCACGUUCAGCCCGCCUCUGCCGGUUGAAAAGCUCGAAUUGUCCAGAUCUUCAAGACUCGGGGAUUACUGUAAAUCGAUCGUGUUCUACCGGUCUCCCUGGUGGCGCAAGCACGGUCUCACAGGAAUGUCCCAAUCCGCAAAAGGCCCUUGCGUUGUAACGCGAGAUAGCAGCGUUGAUGCCGACAAGCACUACAGUCUCACGUGCUUCAUCGUUGGUCAGCCGGCUCGCGACUGGAUGGCCUUGUCGGACGAAGCGCGCGAGGAAGCGGUGCUGGAACACAUUCAUAAACUUUUCGGGAAGUUCGCUCAUGUGGAAGAGCCGAUUCAUAUUGAAGAGCAGAUUUGGCGGAACGAGCAGUGGUCCCAAGGUUGUCCUUGUCCGGUCCUGGGCCCUGGCGGAUUGACCAAGUUUGAGAAAGUGCUGAGGGAGCCGGCGGGCAAGUUGCAUUUUGUGGGGACAGAGACGGCUUACGAGUGGAAAGGUUAUAUGGAGGGAGCCGUCAGAUCGGGUGAGCGAGGCGCGGCUGAGGUCCUCCGAAGUUUGGACGAGGCGAAGUUGUAGGUGCUUGCCGGCCGGGCACAUAUGUAGGUUCUCUCCUCUCUGUUCGAAAUGCAAGUGUUUCGCCGCUCGAUUUAUGUUGCUCUCUGUGCCCUGACUGCGGAUGUUCAAUUUUGUACUGUUCUCCGUCUGAACACGGAGCAGCUACCGAAAGCUGUAAAAAUGCAGGGCGUAAUCUGUCGCUCAGUCCAUGUACACCUCGUUCUUCAGAUUUCUCAAAUUCUGUAAGAAGCCAUAUCCAGAUCCACCUUCGCUUGGCGCUUGGCCAUA